AGUCUGACAGUAAGCGGAUUGAGUCUGUUCAGUCAGCGAAACUGCAGAGAGGACGAAAUACCAUCCAUGUUCUCAAUCAUACACCUCUAUUAAAUUGCAUAACGUUACGCUUUCCUUUUAAGCCACGAUGUUUACCAUAUUUACUAAGAUAAAAGAACGCAUUGAGGCUUUUUUGAACGAGAAGAAUGUAGUCACUGACUGUCUCAAUAAAAUCGAAGAAAAAACAGGCAUCAAGAAACGUUACUUAGCUCUCGGUGCUACAGCUGUGACUGGAGCAUAUUUAUUAUUUGGAUAUGGUGCUUCUCUACUUUGUAAUCUGAUUGGUUUUGUUUAUCCUGCAUAUUUCUCUAUCAAAGCCAUAGAAAGUCCUGAUAAGGAGGAUGACACACAAUGGCUGACGUAUUGGGUAAUCUAUGGCAUCUUCAGUGUGGGUGAAUUCUUCUCUGACAUCUUUCUCUACUGGUUUCCUUUCUACUAUGUAUGUAAGUGCCUGUUCCUGUUAUGGUGCAUGGCUCCGGUCUCCUGGAAUGGUUCUCAAAUUCUGUACAGGCGUGUGGUGCGGCCAUUUUUCCUGAAGCAUGAAGCCACAGUAGACGGGAUGGUCAACGAUAUAAGUGGAAAGGCCAUGGCAGCAGCUGAAAACGUCACAAGAGAGGUCCUCCACACUCUCGCGAGAAACCGGACUGUUGGCCCAGCUGAACCUGAAGCCAAAAGACUACCCAGUUCUGCUCCUCCUGAACCCACUGUUGAUUAAAUGAAAUACAGGUGGCCAGAGUGGUCCGAGGAGACAAAUCACUUGACACAACAUGCAAGAGGAUGCA